GAAAGACUUUUUUAUCUAUCCAUUUUCCACAGUCAGAAGUUCCCUUUUUCUCAUCUGAGCCAUAGACAGAACAUCAUACAAAUAUGUUUGGUGCCUGGAUCAUAUUCUUUCCUCUCCUCUUAGGGGCCGGGGCAUUUAUGAUCCACAACACCCAGAGCAGCCUGUGUCUGGCGGAAUCUGCAGCUACAUGGGAAGUCCUGCUGAAAAAGUGCGAUGUAGACUCAGAGUCUCAGCAGUGGAUCUGGAUUGAUCGGAGCAAGCUGAUGUGCGUUGAAUCGUCCAGAUGUUUGUCAGCCCUGCACAGUCAGCUUCUCGGUACUCGGCCCUGCUUGGGGUCAGAGGUAGAUGCAAGAGGAUUAUUGUGGGACUGUGACAAAGGCAGACUGAUCAGCGGGAACACAUCAAUGCUGCUGUCAACAGAUGGAUGGCGUCUGGUUCUCACCCAUGACAGCAAACUCUCCAAGUGGAAAUCUCUGGAUGUAGGGGAUAUCUGCCAGGAGAAGCUCAGAUCCAAGAGGGCAUCUGGUGAUCUAGAAGAGUUUGAGGCUCCAGAGCAGACAGGCAAAGCGGUGGCCAUGACAGACGAACAGAGAGAAUACCUCCGCUGGUAUUAUCGCACAGAGGACGCAACCACAUGGACGUUUGUGCUACUGGGACUGUCCUUUGUCUCCCUUCUUGUUGGUUUUCUGCUGCUGGGAAUGGGAACCAUGGCCAGCAAGAAUAGGAAGAAGAUUGCAAAGUACAAGGCGGCUGCAGCUGUUUCUGAUGAAGGUGAGGCGCUACGGAUCAUUUCAGCACUCCGAGGUGACAGCAGCAAACCAUCACCAUUACUUGACAGGCUAAUGACGGGAAACAAUGGAGAAAUGAGCGAGCUGAAAGCAGGAAACAUCAUGGUUACAUGGAAAGACGGCAACACGUCCUGCCUGUACUCAGAUCCCACAACUGAGGAGGAUAAACGGGCGGCGUAUCAGUGCGAGAAACAGGAGGAGAAACGGGUGGAUAAUCAGCAGGAGAAACAGGAGGAGCGUUCCGCUGUUGACACAGUGACGACCAUGGAGUGAAAAAUAUCCUCCUGUAAUAAGCGGCAUAGAAAAAGCUGUUAGCAACUUCCCUUUCAUAUGGUUUAAACCUUCAUCCCCCACUGCUUCCCUUUAUAUUGCAUGUACACCUUUAAUUGACAGCUUUGAAGUUACACUAUACCAUUAGGUUUAGACUCCCAACACUCAACAAAUGAAUCCAUUCCUGAAACCCUGACGUUAUGUCCAAAUGGUCAAUGGAUCCAAAACAAUCCAUUAGUUUGAAUGUCAGCAUAAUGUUGAAGGAAUGUAGCAUGCGUUUUGACGCAUGAAUAAAGCAACUCAUUCCUUCGGCUGCAACUAAAAUACUUCAUUAUAAACUGUAUUUACUUUUUGUUUAAAAAGAAUGAAAUGCAUAAAGCUGAAAUUAAUUUCAGAAAGUUGCUUGAAAUACAGAAAUGAAAAAAGCAGAAAUAAUUUGUAAACAUUUCUGAAACAAUAGAAAUGAAAAGCUGAAAUAAAUUUAAAAAAAGCUGAAAUGAACUUGAAAGAACUGCAAAGAAUAGGGAAAUGGGAGGAGCUUAUAUGAAUUUGGAAAAAAUAAUAAAAGCUGAAAUUAAUUUAAACAUGGCUGAAAGAAUAGAAAUAGGAAAAGCUGAGAGAUAAUUUUAAA